UCAAGAUGUUAGUCCUUCUUUUGAUGAUCCUUCCAUUUAUAAACUGCACGAUCAAAUGGGAAAUAUCAGAACUACCAGUUGUUUUUGGUCGAGAUGUGAAACUCAUCUGUAAUACUUCUGCCCUAACAGUCAAGAGUAUGAAUACCACCAGGAGAAGGACAUGGUUUGGAGGACCAGAUCAUAAGAUACUCUCCGUAGAUGGAGUUUCUUUUGAUCCAUCAAAGUACUUAUCUGAGAUUAAUGAUAAUGGAUUCAGUGUUACAAUUAAACAUUUUUCUAUAGAAGACAUAAACCACGAAUAUAGAUGUUCAUAUGGGUUUGAUGAAUAUUCAAACAGUCUUUCAAUUGAUGACAAUUACGAAAGUAAUCCGACUAACCAAAAACAGGAACUGAACUACACGUUGCGCUAUGGAACAUUAAAUGUAUAUAUACUAAUGAAAAAAGUUCAUCCUAUUCCUAGCUGUUCUAUUUGCUUCAAGGAUACAUAUCUUUUAUCAACUCUACCGUCCAAAGUAAAAAAAGAUGAGUUAUUCUACAACGUUGAAUUCAACACUAGUCAUAAAGUAGAACACCUAGGUUGCGGUGCUUUUAAAGUACUAUGUAUUGUUGGCUCAACGAAGUAUAUUCUAAUUGAUACACAUAUAUGUGAUACUCAGGGCAAUAAUACAGACUAUAACAUAAAAGCACCAGUGGAUAGGACAAGUACAUUGAUGAUAUCACUGUUUAUAUUAUUUGUUGGAGCUGUUUUUCUUGGGAUAGUUUUAUUAUUACUUCACCUUUUUUUCAAAUGUCAGAACAAAAGCCUUGAUAGCGAAAACGACAUCUGUUGAAUUUAACCUUCAGUUUAGAUGUGCCGACUAUUAAAAAGUGUAACUGUCCGAAGAGCCAAAAACAUUGAAUAUUGACGAAUUUAUAAAUUCAUAUUUGUCCAGCAUUUACUUCAUAACCAUCACCUCUAUCAAAGAGCACGAAUAUUAAAACGCUGUACGACUACCUGAGGUAGUUUCAAGUCCUAGAUAUUGACAAAUUAUCAUUCCUUUUAUUAAUUUCUUAAUUGAUUUCCGAACCGUAAGUUUUACAAUUGGAUAAAAAGAAUCUACAAUAACCUUACAAAACUUCUCACAUUUAUUUUCGAUGAAGGUUGAUAAACACUUCAUUUUAUUAUUUAUUUCGGAUCCAGUUAGUUACCGUAAUAAAUUUACAGUUUUUCUUGAAUAUUUCAUUAUAAGAACUCCGUUUUGAAUUAUUGCUAAAUCAUAUGAAUGGAUAACAAAAAUUUUUAAAAAAGUUUAGCACCAUAGACUAAGACGUUUUAUUAUCAACAACGAAAAGCGAUGUAUUUUUCGUGACAUUUUCAAGAGUAAAUGAGAUAAAAUUGAGAAUAGAAAUGGGACUAGAUAUCGUUCAUAUAUGUGAUAUGAUAUAAAUUUGAUUGACUGAGUAGAACACCCAAAACAUAAACCCUCGUUGAAAUCAUAAUUAAUAGCAUUUCCACUUAAAACUAAAACAUUUGUGCUAAAAAGGUCAAGCACGACGACUGUACGAUAUGUUAGGGGCGACAACACCUGAAAUAUCUCCGGAUUGUACCCUUUGUGAUCUUAUGCUAAUAGUAGUUAACAGUAUAAGUUUCCAUAUAAAUUUAUAACAUUUAUAACCAACAACUUACGAUAUGGAGCCGUAAAGACAUCCAUUUGCAACUAUGAUAAAAAACAAAACAACCAAAUAUGUAUUUACAGUUAAAAAAAGUUAUGGUCCUACAUCCUAAUGAUAUAAUGUAGCUGAAUUACACAAGGACAUGCAUUUCUCAGACUGUAUAUGAGUUAUUUACACUAAAUCCAUUAGAUGCUUACUGAUUUAUAGUUCAUUCUGGGAUAACGUUAUUUGUGUAUAAGUUGUAAAUGGAUUCCAAUUACAUGUAGUUACUCCGAGUACUCUUAUAUCGGUACUGUGGGUCUGUCGUCUUUUUGUAAGGUGUGUUUGAUGCGGGCCAAUCUUUGGACAAAUCAGUCUGUUUCCAAUGUUUUAAUCAUUGUUGAAAUUCGUACGGUUAAUUAAUUGUUUACACCCAACGUAAUGUUGACUCCGGUAGAUAGUUAUGUUAUUGGCAAUCACAUCUUUAUCUUUAUAUCAAUAAGGGUCAUAUAAUUUUAAAUAUCUUAAAACGUUCUCUUAAAGAAUCCACUUUUAAACAAGUAUUUUAACUUAAUCUCCAAAUUAUAUGAAAUUUAAUUUGAAAGUAAAC